UCCUUUAUUUUGAGAAAGUGGAGGUGCGAUACUUGUGUGGGAGGCACUAAUUCAGCUACUGAUAUCGCUCCAGUUCUGCACUCGCUGCGCUCGAGUUCAGUCAGCACCGUCUUUCUACUCCAACUUUCAGCGUGAUCCAGACGCACUUGACUGACCGCAUCCGACGACAUGUUAUGAACUGAGAAAUAAUGGAUUAACAUGUUAAACUGAAAUAAAAGAUGCAUUCUUAUAUGUCUGACUCCGUGUAGCGCGGCGAUGCACAGCGGCAGGUGAUGUGGAUGCUGACGCGUCGGGGCUCAACUGGUCUCCAAGUGGCGCUUAGAAACUGUGGAAGAACUUUUGCACGAUUGGCUUUCAGUAGGAGUCAGAAUCAUGGAGUUGAGGGACUAUCCAAGAAGUCAUUAUGACAAUUUCAAUAUUUUUUCUAUUUAGGCAUUUUUUGUUUAUUAAGCACAGCUCUGCGAAUUAACAAAUUGGCUGUUUUAAAGUGCAAACCUAGUAUUGCUUAUUGAAUUACGUUUUAAAACUUUUCUAGGACAUUUAGUGACAACACUUGCCCUUAUCGAGUUAAUCCGGAUCCUGUUGGCUCGUAUGGGACUGAGGCACUCAUCGCGGUGCCUGCUCCUGCGGAGAAAGAUGGCGGAGACGGAGAGCUCGGAGCGCCAGCAGCAGCAUCAUCAGCAACAGCAGCAUAUUUCCAGUGCUCCCUCAUCCCAGUCCUUACAACCAUCUCCACUACCAAAGCCAGUCACAUCCGUUCAUCAUGUUCCUCACCCUCCACACACGCCGCACGUCUCCGCGCUUUCUGCCUGUCCGGGCCGAGGCAAGAUGGCCAAGCUACUCAACCCGGAAGAGAUGACAUCACGGGACUACUACUUUGACUCCUAUGCCCACUUUGGUAUUCAUGAGGAAAUGCUAAAGGAUGAGGUGAGGACACUGACCUAUAGGAACUCCAUGUACCACAAUAAACACAUCUUUAAGGACAAGAUAGUUUUAGAUGUGGGCAGCGGAACCGGAAUCCUCUCCAUGUUUGCUGCCAAGGCAGGAGCCAAACAUGUAUAUGGGAUUGAAUGUUCCAGUAUAUCAGAGUAUUCAGAGAAAAUCAUCAAAUCAAAUCACCUGGACAAUGUUAUUACCAUCAUUAAAGGGAAAGUGGAGGAGACUGAAUUGCCGGUGGAUCAGGUGGACAUCAUCAUUUCAGAGUGGAUGGGCUACUGUCUUUUCUACGAGUCUAUGCUCAAGACUGUCAUCUACGCCAGAGACAAAUGGCUGAAACCUGGAGGUUUCAUGUUUCCAGACAGAGCGACUUUGUAUGUGGUUGCCAUUGAGGAUCGACAAUACAAAGAUUUCAAAAUCCACUGGUGGGAGAAUGUCUAUGGUUUUGAUAUGACGUGCAUUCGGAACGUUGCUAUGAUGGAGCCCCUGGUGGACAUAGUAGAUCCUAAACAAGUCGUGACCAACUCCUGCCUCAUUAAGGAGGUGGAUAUCUACACGGUGAAGCCGGAGGAUCUGGCGUUCACCUCGGCCUUCUGCCUGCAGAUCCAGAGGAAUGACUAUGUUCACGCUCUCAUCACGUACUUCAAUAUUGAGUUCACCAAGUGUCACAAGAAGACAGGUUUUUCUACAGCCCCCGACGCUCCCAGCACUCACUGGAAGCAGACGGUAUUUUAUCUGGAGGAUUACUUAACGGUGCGGAGAGGAGAGGAAAUCCUGGGCAGCAUCACCGUGAAGCCCAACGAGAAUAACGAGCGUGACUUGGACUUCACCUUUGAGCUGGAUUUCAAAGGACAGCUCUGUGACGCAGCCAUCUCCCACGACUACAAGAUGCGGUAAAACUCAAGCGACAUCCUGAGUCAGGCCACCGUUUCCCAGGAAGAUUCGGCGAGGAGACGGAAUGUGCCUCUGCUCUGCCUCUGUCUGGAUCAGAGAGGCUGCUGAACUGCAGGACCCCUCUGUGAUGUCAUCAGAGCGAGUCCAGCACUAAAAGCAAUAGUGUCAUCACGUGUCACGUUCUUAAAUGCACAUAGAGGAUAGACUGUGAAAACAUCACUCUGAAUGUUACUGUUAAUGAGUCUGAGAAUGUCAAAGUUUGUGUUCAUUUAACCUUAUAAGAUAGGAAAGUUACUGAACGGCAUAUGCCAGUGUGAAAUUGUACAAUAGUGCCUCAUCGACCAAGGCUUCAGUUUGGAUUGUAUUUGAGCGCUUUUAUUGUGUUAUAUUUAUUGGGUUAGUGUUGAGUUGUUUAAUAUAGUGACCACUGCCGUGUUUUCUGCCUUUGCUUUAUUUUAAUUUAUUCAGGAUACACUCAAGAUUUCACUUCAAGAUUUUUCUAAAGAACCUCUAAGAGCAGCUACACUAUUUUAAAUCAUUCUCAUCAAAUGUACAAACUUUGUUAUUUUAGAAUAACAUAAUGUGACAGUUUUAACUUAAGAAGAUUUUUGGUUUCGUGUUCUCGUUCAAUUGUCAGGUCAUUGUCGCAUACAACCUGUCGGAGCCACCGAUGUUUGCUUCUUUGUGUAAAACAAGACGAGCAGAGCAGUUCAGAUGAAGACAACGAAUGAGGCAUGACAUGUUCAACACUGAAUCCAGCCUCAAUAAUAUAUCUGAAGAUUUUAGUGCGUAAUGUUGUUUUCGUUAACUGAACUGUCUCUGCAAACAGCAACUGAAAUGCUUCUUGUUCAAGCAGUGAGGUUUUACUGGCCAGUUUGAAAUCCAGGUUUCAUGAUGCUAGCAAGACUUCAGGUGGGUUGAAUGAGGCUAUUGAAAUGCUAAAUAAAUGGGAAGUAACAAACAA